GCGCGCCCAGUCACGUGGUGCCGUAGGGCCCGCAUGGCGGCGACCCGCGCGCCCCCGCGUCCCGGCCGGCCCGGCAGCCCGGGCGCGCGCUCCGACGGGGCGGGCGCAUGCGCAGGGGGGGGGCGCCGCCUCUGCCCCGCGGCGAGGGUGUCUAUGGAGAGGCGGCGGCCGCGCCUGCUGAGGCGGAGGCUGAGGUGGUGGCGAUGGCGCCCUUCCCCGAAGAAGUGGACGUCUUCACCGCCCCACACUGGCGGAUGAAGCAGCUGGUGGGGCUCUACUGCGACAAGCUUUCUAAAACCAACUUUUCCAACAACAAUGAUUUCCGUGCUCUUCUGCAGUCUCUGUAUGCUACUUUUAAGGAGUUCAAAAUGCAUGAGCAGAUUGAAAACGAAUACAUUAUUGGUUUGCUUCAACAACGCAGCCAGACCAUUUAUAAUGUGCAUUCUGACAAUAAACUCUCUGAGAUGCUUAGCCUCUUUGAAAAAGGUCUGAAGAAUGUUAAGAAUGAAUAUGAGCAGUUAAAUUAUGCAAAACAGUUGAAAGAGAGACUGGAGGCUUUUACAAGAGAUUUUCUUCCUCACAUGAAAGAGGAAGAGGAGGUUUUUCAGCCCAUGUUAAUGGAAUAUUUUACCUAUGAAGAGCUUAAGGAUAUUAAAAAGAAAGUGAUUGCACAACACUGCUCUCAGAAGGAUACUGCAGAACUCCUUAGAGGUCUUAGCCUAUGGAAUCAAGCUGAGGAGCGGCAGAAGUUUUUUAAAUAUUCUGUGGAUGAAAAGUCAGAUAAAGAAGCGGAAGUGUCAGAACAAUCCACAGGUAUAACUCAUCUUCCUCCUGAGGUAAUGCUGUCAAUUUUCAGUUAUCUUAAUCCUCAAGAAUUAUGUCGAUGCAGUCAAGUAAGCACUAAAUGGUCUCAGCUGGCAAAAACUGGAUCACUUUGGAAACAUCUUUACCCUGUUCAUUGGGCCAGAGGUGACUGGUAUAGUGGUCCUGCAACUGAACUUGAUACUGAACCUGAUGAGGAAUGGGUGAAAAAUAGAAAAGAUGAAAGUCGUGCUUUUCAGGAGUGGGAUGAAGAUGCCGAUAUAGAUGAAUCUGAAGAGUCUGCAGAGGAAUCGAUUGCCAUCAGCAUUGCACAAAUGGAAAAACGUUUACUCCAUGGCUUAAUUCAUAAUGUUCUACCGUAUGUUGGUACUUCUGUAAAAACUUUAGUAUUAGCGUACAGCUGUGCAGUUUCCAGCAAAAUGGUUAGGCAGAUUUUAGAGCUUUGUCCUAACUUGGAACAUUUGGAUCUUACCCAAACUGACAUUUCAGAUUCUGCAUUUGACAGUUGGUCUUGGCUUGGUUGCUGCCAGAGUCUUCGGCACCUUGAUCUAUCUGGAUGUGAAAAAAUCACAGAUGUGGCUCUAGAGAAGAUUUCUAGAGCUCUUGGAAUUUUGACAUCUCAUCAGAGUGGCCUUUUGAAAACUUCAACAAGCAAAAUUGCUUCGACUACCUGGAAAAAUAAAGACAUUACCAUGCAGUCCACCAAGCAGUAUGCUUGUUUGCCCGAUAUAACUAACAAGGGCAUCGGAGAAGAAAUAGAUAAUGAACACCCCUGGACUAAACCUAUUUCUUCUGAAAAUUUCACUUCUCCUUAUGUGUGGAUGUUAGAUGCUGAAGAUUUGGCUGAUAUUGAAGAUGCUGUAGAAUGGAGACAUAGAAAUGUUGAAAGUCUUUGUGUAAUGGAAACAGCAUCCAAUUUUAGUUGUUCCUCCUCCGGUUGUUACAGUAAGGAUAUUGUUGGACUAAGGACUAGUGUCUGUUGGCAGCAGCAUUGUGCUUCUCCAGCCUUCGCGUAUUGCGGUCAUUCAUUUUGUUGUACAGGAACAGCUUUAAGAACUAUGUCAGCACUCCCGGAGUCUUCUGCAUUGUGUAGAAAAGCAUCAAGGACUAGAUUGCUUAGCGGAACAGACUUAAUUUACUCUGGGAGUGAAAAAACUGAUCAAGAGACUGGGCGUGUACUUCUGUUUCUCAGUCUGUCCGGAUGUUAUCAGAUCACAGACCAUGGUCUCAGAAACCGCCACGGCCACCCCAGCCUUCAACCACCACCUCGAUCAGUCAGCAGACGUCAACAUGGAGGCAAGACCCUCCACCAGCAAAAAGAUUAUGACUUGCUGCUGAAGGCUCAGAUGAUACAGGUUUUGACUCUGGGAGGAGGGCUACCUUAUUUGGAGCACCUUAAUCUCUCUGGUUGUCUUACUGUAACUGGUGCAGGCCUGCAGGAUUUGGUUUCAGCAUGUCCUUCUCUAAAUGAUGAAUACUUUUACUACUGUGACAACAUUAACGGUCCUCAUGCUGACACCGCCAGUGGAUGCCAGAAUUUGCAGUGUGGUUUUCGAGCCUGCUGCCGCUCUGGCGAAUGACCCUUGACUUCUGACCUUUGUCUACUUCAUUUAGCUGAGCAGGCUUCCUUUCAUGCACUUUACUUAUAGCACAUUUCUUGUGUUAAUCAUCCCUUUUUGAGUGUGACUUGUUUUGGCCCCAUUUCUUACAGCCUCGGAAAUCUUAAUUUACCAGUGAAUUGUACAGUGUUGUUUCUCUUGCAAAUCCUAUUUUUGUUUUAGAAAGGGAUUAGGUCUUUUUCAUAGGGUGAGAACAAUUUUAUCAGAUUUCUUUUAAACUAAAUAUUUUGAAAAAAAUGUCACUAAUGCCAUGCCAUUUAAAGUAUUUUUUAGAUUAUUUUGAGUUUUGAAGUCAAUGGGUUAUUGGUUCUCUUCAUAGAUAAACACUGUACCAAGUCUUGCAGAUCUUUUCAGACAUACAUUUUUGAAGUUUUAUUUUCAGAGACUGCACAGUUUGGAAACCAGUCUCCUUUCCAUAAUGUUUCCUUUAUUUGAACAAUUCUCAGAGGGCCAAUUCAAACAUAUCCACAUAUAAGAUUCUUUAAGAUUAUAAAAUAAAUUGGCUUCUUGGUGUUAGCUCAGGGAGCUGGCACAGCACCAGUGUCUUUGUAUUCGCUUUCUUCAAAGACCCCUGGUUCCCACCACUGUCCGUAAAUUGUCACAUUUGGGGGAGGGGUUUUUAAAAGUUCCACAGUCAUUUGAAGAAAUGUAUAAAUAAAAUCUACUUUGAGGACUUUACCAAGUAA